UCUUUAUAUAUCACUGGUCAAACGUAUUUACUCUACUAAAAACGAGCUCAAUCCUCUAGGGUUUUCCGAACCGUUUCAAUGGCAUCGGAAUUGAUACCAUACAUAUAAAAAUUCAUGUUUAUCUAUUUAGAUCGUUAUAUGUGUAUUGGAUUUGAUGAUUGGGUUGAUUUAAUUGAUCAUUUCAAGUUUUGGAAGUUCUGUUUCUAAGAUUGGUGUUGUUAUAGAGAUUUUACAGUGAUUAUCUGAAAAAAUGGCGGAAGAGAAGUGUAGAAUUGCCAAGGAUGUUACUGAAUUAAUUGGCAAUACACCAUUGGUGUAUCUCAAUAAUGUUGUGGAAGGUUGUGUGGCCCGGAUUGCAGCCAAACUAGAAAUGAUGGAGCCUUGUUCCAGUGUCAAAGACAGGAUUGGUUAUAGUAUGAUUGCUGAUGCCGAGGCAAAUGGCCUUAUCAAACCAGGGGAGAGUGUCCUCAUUGAACCUACAAGUGGUAACACCGGUAUAGGUUUAGCCUUCAUGGCUGCAGCUAAACGUUACAGGCUUAUCAUUACCAUGCCUGCUUCAAUGAGUCUUGAGAGAAGAAUUAUUCUUCGUGCUUUUGGUGCUGAGUUGGUGCUUACAGAUCCUGCCAAGGGAAUGAAAGGUGCUGUUCAGAAGGCAGAAGAGAUAUUGGCCAAGACUCCCAAUGCCUACAUUCUUCAGCAGUUUGAAAAUCCAGCCAAUCCGAAGAUACAUUAUGAAACCACCGGACCAGAGAUUUGGAAAGGCUCAAAUGGGAAAAUUGAUGCGUUUGUUUCCGGGAUUGGUACAGGAGGUACCAUAACUGGUGUGGGCAGAUUCCUUAAAGAGCAGAAUCCUGACAUAAAGCUGUAUGGUAUUGAACCAGUUGAAAGCCCUGUUCUAUCUGGAGGAAAACCUGGUCCACAUAAGAUCCAAGGAAUUGGUGCUGGUUUUGUUCCUGGUGUUUUGGAAGUCAAUAUUGUUGAUGAAGUUAUUCAAAUAUCAAGUGAUGAAUCCAUAGAAACUGCAAAACUUCUUGCACUGAAAGAAGGAUUGCUAGUGGGAAUAUCAUCUGGUGCAGCUGCUGCAGCUGCAAUUAAGAUCGCAAAGAGACCAGAGAAUGCCGGAAAGCUUAUUGUUGUGGUUUUCCCGAGCUUUGGGGAGCGGUAUCUUUCCUCUGUGCUGUUUGAAUCAGUGAGACGGGAGGCAGAAACCAUGACAUUUGAGGCCUGAGACAGUUCUCUUUCCAAAGUAUGCUAGAUUCUCUUCCAGUUUGAGUGCACGUUGGGAGAUAACAUCAUUUUGCAAUGGGAUAGGAAGGGGUACAUUGGGUUCCCUAUUGAUUGUCAUCAAUAAGAUCAAUAUGGAACUUAAAAUAAUUUGAAGUAUUUGUUGUCAAAGGCACGGUAAGGAUUGUGUUAUGUUGAACAAUUUGUUUUAUUUUAAAUUUAUUCCUAACUACGUGUAGUGGGUUGUCUUGGCGGGAGUUACUGAAUUUUGAACCUUUUAACUCCUACUCCUACAAUUUUAAUGGUUUCUUGAAACUAUUAUAUGGAGUAGUUAUUUGACGGGCAUUCAGUUAUAGAAACGCGGUGUGUUGAAAAAAUGCAUUUCAAUUUGUUGUGCGAA